GAAAUUAUGACUUUAAGUAAAUGAGUUUUCACUGUUUUAGACACCAAUUUCAUGAUUGAUCUCUUAGUGAAUCAAUCGGUGAUCUCAUACAAUGGUAAGCAUUGAAUGUCUUAAAAACUUUUAUCAAAAGUUUUGUUUUAAAUCACUGUUUAUUUACUUUAUUAUUGGACACAAAACACGUGACAAACAUGUGAUAAAUUGCGCGACAAUUCAAAUGAAUUAAACAGUAUUUUGAGUGAAAUGUCAAAAGAGAUGUCAAGUGUUUCACACAGUUUUCUGAAGAACUUUACCAAAGAAAAUGUCAAUCAGUUCUUCAGUAGUGAUAAUAUAACACAACUGUUGUCUCAGGCAUUAAUUGUUGCGUUCAUUUGGGCUACACUUUGGAGUAUUGAAGGGCCGAAUGCCUGUCCACCCGAUGGCCAUCUGUUUCAUCUGUUAGUGGUUUACAUCUGUUGUCACAUUGCGUCCGAACUGAUGAUACUAUUUUGUUUGCCACCCGUCGUCGGCAUUUUGGUUACGGGAUGUCUAUUGGCCAACAUUUUUACUCUUAAUUUAAACAAACAAUUGGCGACUAUUUUGCGGGAUAUAUCUCUGGUCGUCAUUUUAUUAAGAGUUGGACUUGAAUUGAGUCCAAACAAUAUCUUCAAACUAUAUGAUGUUUGCUUACGAUUAUCACUGAUUCCCUGUAUUGUCGAAACCAUAAUUGUAUCAAUCAUUUCAUGUUUUCUUCUUGAUUUACCCUUCAAGUGGUCAUUACUUUUAGGAUUUCUUUUAUCGGCCUCAUCUCCGGCGAUCAUUGUGUCCAAUGUUUUGCCGCUUAAAAACAAAGGUUUCGGUGAAAGCAAAAGUAUCUCUUCAAUGUUGAUGGCCUCCAGUUGUGUCGAUAAUAUUGUGACCAUUUCUGGUGUAAUGAUGUCCUUACGAAUCAUAUUUAACAGCGAAAUGCCAUUAGUUUUGAUUUUGUUGACAACACCUCUGGAAAUAAUUAUCGGUUUAUUUUCGGGAAUAUUAUUUGGUUUAAUACUUUGGUUCAUACCAUCCAAUACAUGGCAACUGAUUGCUAAGAUUCAAAGAUUUGUAUUAUUAUUGAUGUCCGCCAUAACUUCAAAGUUUGUGUCCAAAUCAUUAGACAUUUCAAGUGCGGGUCCAUUGGCUUGUGUUGUCAUUGCAUUUACAGCGGCCAUCAAUUGGAGAGAUUCUCAGAUCAAUGAAACUCUCGUAAAACAAAUGGAUAUUAUUUGGUCUAUAUUUAGGACAUUAUUAUUUGCAUUGAUUGGUACGUCAAUCAAGAUAUCUAACAUCAACUUUAACAAUACAUUUUAUGGAUUAAUAUGUCUUAUAAUUGCUCUAUUUGUCAGAUCAGUCACAGUAAUUGCAAUCAUUUUUGGUGCAAAUCUUAAUUUCAAAGAGAAAUUGUUUAUAUCUUUCACGUGGUUAUCAAAAGCCACAGUUCAAGCAUCACUCGGACCUAUGGCUCUGGACUUCAUUAACAGCGAUGACAACUAUAUUAAUGACCGAAAAUAUGCUGAAAAAGUACUCGAUUUGGCCGUAUUGGCCAUUAUAGUGACGGCUCCACUAUCUUCUCUACUCAUAUCACUGACUGGUCCUCUAUUGCUGACCACAAAUAAGUCACAAAAAUCUGAGAAAACACAGACUAAUAAAAAUUAA